ACCGGCCGUUCAGUGCUUGCCGGCAUUCGUUCGGCGAUAACUGCGUGCUGUCCGUCCGUCAUCCGCCGCGUAGUGAUCAACCCGCGUGUGUUCCGCAUUGUAUGUAUAUUGUGUACGGUAAAGAUCAAAAAUCUCAUAAUAAAAAUAUAUAUAUUUGUUUUUUUAAAUUGUCUAUUCCAAAGUGAUCCGAAGUGCGUUGGUUUCGAUUUUUGUUGAAUACUUUUACCCGAAAAAAAAAACGGUCGGCGAUUUAUUGUGUUUUUUUCUUUUUCGACGGAUUGUAAUUUUUGACCGAAAAAAAGAAGUAUAAAAAUCGACGUGAAUAACUCAUACACACACAAAAAAAAUUAUAUAUAUAUAUAUAAUCGACGGGAUUUGUUCGGGAAAUUUUCACUAUAAUAAUAACAACAACAAUGGACGCGAUCCGCGGCUGCACAUUCUUCGCGUAUAAUUCGUGUACGUAAAUUAGUGUGCGGUUUCUGGGGUAAAAAAAAAAAAUAGAAAACACUAAUAGAACACGAAUCUUAAUAAUAAUCGAUAAUAAUAUUAUCGUUUCGUCGAACAAGAAUCUUUAUCAAUGGGACUCAGCGGUGCCAGGAGGCCGUCCCCUUCUCCGGUAGAAGCAGAGGAUCGACCGUCGAUGGUCAAGAACCGCGGGCUGUUGCCGAAAAUCAUGUAUCAAAAUAACGCGUCCAAAGACGGCAGAUGGAAGAAUCUGUACAACAACGAAGCAGGCAGCGACGUGAUAUUUUUAGUCGGCGAUCCCGAAUGUUGGAGGUUUCCAGGUCACAUUGACGUUCUAUGCCAAUACCCUGUGUUUAACGCCAUGCUACGGGAACCAUGGUCUAAAAAAGGCACCCCUAUACACAUACCCGACGACGACCCCAGAGCGUUCGACAACCUUCUCAAAUACAUGUACAAAAACCAAGUGGAACUAAAGUCGGUGGUGACCGCGUUGGAGACGUUGGCGCUGGCCAACAAAUACAUGUGCGUGGACCUGGUGGACGAGUGCAUCGGCUACCUGACCCGGAACGUGGCCGUGGACACGGUGCUGAUGGUGUACCAGGCGGCCAGGCUGUACGGUGGCCAGACCGUGCCGCGGGACGGCACGUGUUCGUCGCCGGCCGUGACCAGGGCGACCGCGCCGCCGCUGGAGGACCUCAUACCGUUCGACGGCGGCAGGGACGACGACGCGCACACCGAGGCGUUUGCCCGGAUGGCCCAUCAUUACGACGGGCUGUUGGCGUACUGCGGCGGUUUCAUCGACCACAACGCCGACAGAGUGUUGGCCGACGAGAGCGUCGACGAACUAGACACGGCGGAACUACGGGAACUGUUCCGCAGGGACGGACUGGCCGUGUCCAGCGAAUUGGUGCUGUUCAACACAUUGGAACGGUGGUGCACGCACAAAUGCAAACAGCAGCACCUCGAGCUGACGGUGGCUAACAAGCGGCUGGUGCUGGACGACACGCUGCUGCUGUCCGUGCGGUACCUGCUGAUGACGGCCAACGAGUUCCUGUCCGGGCCCAUGCCCAGCGGUCUGUUCAAUGCCCAAGAGACGGCCGUCAUCAUGAAACACAUACUCAACCCCAAACACCCCAAGUGGACGUGCCAGCGGCUGACCAAAGAGGCGCUCGAGUACAUGGCCACGGCACGAACUAGGCGCGCCGCGGCCGCGCUGUCGUACGUCAUCAAACGGCGGGCGUCCGCGGCCGGCCGGGCGUCGUCGUCGUCGUCCGGCGGACACCACCAUCAGUUGCCGCCCGAGUUGGAGGAUUCGCCCGGCGGCGGCGGCUGCGGCAAGCGGGCCGGCAAGAAGAGCAAAAAGGACAAGAGCGGCAGCAAGAGCAAGAAGAAAUGCACGGAUAGUUGCUUUUGCAAUUAUCUCAUUUAUUGCUUGGACGUGUGUUUCGGCUGAACGCGCGCGUGCGCAUGCGCGUUUUCGGCUGAUAACACUGACAUUAGAUUUUAAUUUACCUUAACCUAAAAAAAAGAUCUCAGAUUAUAAAUAUUGUUUUUUUUUUGUUUUUAUAUAUUCGGAGUCCAUUAUUUUUUUUUAUCUUUCAAAUAAUUAUUUACAUUUUGAACAUGAAAAAAAUCGUUGCAGCGAGUGUGAUUAGUAUUCAUUAUUUUUUUUUUUUAAUGCUUAACACACCCAAAUGACCGAACGGUUUUUUAUUAUUUUAAAUUUUAUCACUUGUGAGAGCCAUUAUUUUAUUUAUUAGGUAUUUAUUAUAGUAUACUUUGACUUCUGGGCGCACGCGAAAACAAUAUAAUAAAUACACUCGCCGUGAUCCGCACGUUUUUUUUUUACUCGGCAGUAGUACCAACCUCUAACCGUUUGUGUGUGGUAAUAAUUGCUAUGCAUAAAAAAAAAAGGUAUAUUAAAGAAAAUUGAAAAAAAAAAAAACUAUAAAAAAUAUUUUAAUAAUAAUAAUACUACAAAACAAUAUACCAC